AUGGUCCGCUUUGGGGACGAGCUAGGCGGCCGCUAUGGGGGCGCCGGCGGCGGGGAGCGGGCCCGGGGCGGCGGAGCCGGCGGCGCGGGCGGCCCGGGCCCCGGGGGGCUGCCGCCGGGCCAGCGGGUCCUCUACAAGCAGUCGAUCGCGCAGCGCGCGCGCACCAUGGCGAUGUACAACCCCAUCCCGGUCAAGCAAAACUGCUUCACCGUCAACCGCUCGCUCUUCGUCUUCAGCGAGGACAACGUCGUCCGCAAAUACGCCAAGCGCAUCACUGAGUGGCCUCCCUUCGAGUACAUGAUCCUGGCCACCAUCAUCGCCAACUGCAUCGUGCUGGCCCUGGAGCAGCACCUCCCUGACGGCGACAAAACGCCCAUGUCCGAGCGGCUGGACGACACGGAGCCGUAUUUCAUCGGCAUCUUUUGCUUCGAGGCGGGGAUCAAGAUCAUCGCCCUGGGCUUCGUGCUGCACAAGGGCUCCUACCUGCGCAACGGCUGGAACGUCAUGGACUUCGUGGUGGUUCUCACGGGGAUCCUCGCCACGGCGGGCACCGACUUCGACCUGCGGACGCUGCGGGCGGUGCGGGUGCUGAGGCCCCUCAAGCUGGUGUCGGGGAUUCCGAGUCUGCAGGUGGUGCUCAAGUCCAUCAUGAAGGCCAUGGUCCCGCUGCUGCAGAUCGGGCUGCUCCUCUUCUUCGCCAUCCUCAUGUUCGCCAUCAUCGGCCUCGAGUUCUACAUGGGCAAGUUCCACAAGGCCUGCUUCCCCAACACCACAGAAGCCAAGCCAGUGGGCGACUUCCCCUGCGGCAAGGAGGCGCCCGCCCGGCUGUGCGAGGGCGACACCGAGUGCCGGGAAUACUGGCAGGGACCCAACUUCGGCAUCACCAACUUCGACAACAUUCUGUUCGCCAUCCUGACGGUGUUCCAGUGCAUCACCAUGGAGGGCUGGACCGACAUCCUCUACAACACAAAUGAUGCUGCCGGCAACACGUGGAACUGGCUGUACUUCAUCCCUCUCAUCAUCAUCGGCUCCUUCUUCAUGCUCAACCUGGUGCUGGGCGUGCUCUCGGGGGAGUUCGCCAAGGAGCGCGAGCGAGUGGAGAACCGCCGGGCCUUCCUGAAGCUGCGGCGGCAGCAGCAGAUCGAGCGGGAGCUCAACGGCUACCUGGAGUGGAUCUUCAAGGCCGAGGAAGUCAUGCUGGCGGAGGAGGACAAGAACGCGGAGGAGAAGUCCCCCCUGGAUGUGCUGAAGCGGGCGGCCACCAGGAAGAGCCGCAACGACCUGAUCCACGCCGAGGAGGGCGAGGACCGCUUUGCCGACCUCUGUGCUGUGGGGUCUCCCUUCGCCCGCGCCAGCCUCAAGAGCGGGAAGACAGAGGGCUCGUCCUACUUCCGCAGGAAGGAGAAGAUGUUCCGGUUCUUCGUGCGGCGCAUGGUGAAGGCGCAGAGCUUCUACUGGGUGGUGCUGUGCGUGGUGGCCCUGAACACGCUGUGCGUGGCCAUGGUGCACUACAACCAGCCCCAGCGGCUCACCACCGCGCUGUACUUUGCAGAGUUUGUUUUCCUGGGUCUCUUCCUCACAGAGAUGUCCCUGAAGAUGUACGGCCUGGGGCCCAGGAGCUACUUCCGGUCCUCCUUCAACUGCUUCGACUUCGGGGUCAUCGUGGGGAGCAUCUUUGAAGUGGUCUGGGCGGCCAUCAAGCCGGGAACCUCCUUUGGGAUCAGCGUGCUGCGGGCUCUCCGGCUGCUGAGGAUCUUCAAAGUCACAAAGUACUGGAACUCCUUGCGGAACCUGGUGGUGUCGCUGCUCAACUCUAUGAAGUCGAUCAUCAGCCUCCUGUUCCUGCUCUUCCUGUUCAUCGUGGUCUUCGCCCUGCUGGGCAUGCAGCUGUUCGGGGGACAGUUCAACUUUAAAGAAGAGACUCCAACGACCAACUUUGACACUUUCCCCGCUGCCAUUCUCACUGUCUUCCAGAUCCUGACGGGAGAGGACUGGAACGCAGUGAUGUAUCACGGGAUCGAGUCGCAAGGCGGCGUCAGCAAAGGCAUGUUCUCGUCCUUUUACUUCAUCGUCCUGACGCUGUUUGGAAACUACACCUUGCUGAACGUGUUCCUGGCCAUCGCUGUGGACAACCUCGCCAACGCCCAGGAGCUGACCAAGGAUGAAGAGGAGAUGGAGGAGGCCGCCAAUCAGAAGCUUGCUCUGCAAAAGGCCAAGGAAGUGGCUGAAGUCAGCCCCGUGUCGGCCGCGAACGUCUCCAUCGCCACGCGUCAGCAGCAGAACGCCAAGGCGCGCUCGGUGUGGGAGCAGCGGACCAGCCAGCUGCGCCUGCAGAACCUGCGCGCCAGCUGCGAGGCGCUGUACAGCGAGCUGGGCCCCGAGGAGCGGCUGCGCUUCGCCACCUCGCGCCACCUGCGCCCCGACAUGAAGACGCACCUGGACCGGCCACUCGUGGUGGAGCCCGGCCGCGAGGGCUCGCGGGGGCCAGCGGGGGGCAAGGUGCGGUCCGAGGGCGUGGAGGCUGCCGAGGGCGGUGAGGCGGCCGAGGGCGCGGACCCUCCGCGCAGGCAUCACCGGCACCGGGAUAAGGACAAGGCCCCCGGCCAGGCUGGGGAGCAGGACCGGGCGGACGCCCCCAAGGCCGAGAGCGGGGAGCCCGCUGCGCCGGAGGAGCGGGCACGGCCGCACCGCAGCCGCAGCAAAGAGACCGCGGGGACCCGGGAGGCCCGGAGCGAGCGCGGCCGGGGCCCAGGGCCCGAAGGCGGCCGGCGCCACCACCGGCGCGGCUCCCCGGAAGAGGCGGCCGAGCGGGAACCCCGGCGCCACCGCGGGCACCGCCACGCAGACCAGGGCAAGGACGGCGCCACGCACGGCGCUAGGGGCGAGCGGCGAGCCCGGCACCGUGGCCCCCGGGUCGGCCCCCGGGAGGCAGAGAGCAGCGAGGAGCCAGCGCGGAGGCACCGGGCGCGGCACAGGGCACCGCCCGCACACGAGGAGGCUGUGGAGAAGGAGGGCGAGGCCGAGGACAAGGACAAGGACAAGGAGCCGCGGGACCUCCAGCCCCAGGAGCCACACUGUGACCCGGAGGCCGGCGGGACGAUGGGUGUGGGCCCGGUGCGUGCACUGCCCAGCACCUGCGUGCAGAAGGCGGAGGAACAGCCGGAGGAUGCGGAUAACCAGCGGAACGUCACUCGGAUGGGCAGUCAACCCUCAGAGCCAAGUGCCACUGUGCACGUCCCAGUGGCGCCGACCGGCCCGCCGGGGGAAACCACGGCCGUGCCUAGUGGCAACGUGGACCUGGAGAGCCAGGCGGAGGGGAAGGAGGUGGAGGCCGAUGGCGUGAUGCGGAGCGGCCCCCGGCCCAUCGUCCCCUACAGCUCCAUGUUCUGUCUCAGCCCCACCAACCUGCUCCGGCGCCUCUGCCACUCCAUCGUGACCAUGCGGUACUUCGAGAUGGUCAUCCUCGUGGUCAUCGCGCUGAGCAGCAUCGCCCUGGCCGCCGAGGACCCCGUGCGCGCAGACUCGCCCCGGAACAACGUCCUGAAGUACAUGGACUACAUCUUCACGGGCGUCUUCACCUUCGAGAUGGUGAUAAAGAUGAUCGACCUGGGGCUGCUGCUGCACCCGGGGGCCUACUUCCGGGACCUGUGGAACAUUCUGGACUUCAUUGUGGUCAGUGGGGCCCUGGUGGCGUUUGCCUUCUCAGGGUCCAAAGGGAAGGACAUCAACACCAUCAAGUCCCUGCGGGUCCUGCGAGUCCUGCGGCCCCUCAAGACCAUCAAGCGGCUGCCGAAGCUCAAGGCCGUGUUCGACUGCGUGGUGAACUCGCUGAAGAACGUGCUCAACAUCCUCAUCGUCUACAUGCUCUUCAUGUUCAUCUUCGCCGUCAUCGCCGUGCAGCUGUUCAAGGGCAAGUUCUUCUACUGCACGGACGAGUCCAAGGAGCUGGAGCGGGACUGCAGGGGCCAGUACCUGGAUUACGAGCGGGAGGAGGUGGAGGCCCAGCCGCGGCAGUGGAAGAAGUACGACUUCCACUACGACAACGUGCUCUGGGCACUGCUCACGCUGUUCACCGUGUCCACGGGGGAAGGCUGGCCCAUGGUGCUGAAGCACUCGGUGGACGCCACCCACGAGGAGCAGGGCCCGAGCCCCGGGUACCGCAUGGAGCUGUCCAUCUUCUACGUGGUCUACUUCGUGGUCUUCCCCUUCUUCUUCGUCAACAUCUUCGUGGCCUUGAUCAUCAUCACCUUCCAGGAGCAGGGCGACAGGGCCAUGUCCGCGUGCAGCCUGGAGAAGAACGAGAGAGCUUGCAUUGACUUCGCCAUCAGCGCCAAGCCCCUGACGCGGUACAUGCCUCAGAACAAGCAGUCUUUCCAGUACAAGACGUGGACGUUCGUGGUGUCGCCGCCCUUCGAGUACUUCAUCAUGGCCAUGAUCGCCCUCAACACCGUGGUGCUGAUGAUGAAGUUCUAUGACGCGCCCUACGAGUAUGAGCUGAUGCUCAAGUGCCUGAACAUCGUGUUCACGUCCAUGUUCUCCAUGGAGUGUGUGCUCAAGAUCGUCGCCUUCGGGGUGCUGAACUACUUCCGAGACGCCUGGAACGUCUUCGACUUCGUCACCGUGCUGGGAAGUAUCACUGACAUUUUAGUCACGGAGAUCGCGGUAAGUAACAACUUCAUCAACCUCAGCUUCCUGCGCCUGUUCCGGGCCGCGCGGCUCAUCAAGCUGCUGCGCCAGGGCUACACCAUCCGCAUCCUGCUCUGGACCUUCGUGCAGUCCUUCAAGGCCUUGCCCUACGUGUGCCUCCUGAUCGCCAUGCUGUUCUUCAUCUACGCCAUCAUCGGCAUGCAGGUGUUCGGGAACAUCGCCCUGGACGACGACUCCAGCAUCAACAGGCACAACAACUUCCGGACGUUCCUGCAGGCCCUGAUGCUGCUGUUCAGGAGCGCCACCGGGGAGGCCUGGCACGAGAUCAUGCUGUCCUGCCUCAGCAACCAGGAGUGCGACAAGCAGGCCCACGCCAGCGAGUGCGGCAGCGACUUCGCCUACUUCUACUUCGUCUCCUUCAUCUUCCUCUGCUCCUUCCUGAUGUUGAACCUCUUUGUGGCUGUGAUCAUGGACAAUUUUGAGUACCUCACGCGGGACUCUUCCAUCCUAGGGCCUCACCACCUGGACGAGUUCAUCAGGGUCUGGGCUGAGUACGACCCGGCAGCCUGCGGGCGCAUCACUUACAAUGACAUGUUUGAGAUGCUGAAGCACAUGCCCCCGCCCCUGGGGCUGGGGAAGCGAUGCCCCGCUCGAGUGGCGUACAAGCGCCUGGUCCGCAUGAAUAUGCCCAUCUCCAGCGAGGACAUGACCGUCCACUUCACGUCCACGCUGAUGGCCCUCAUCCGCACGGCGCUGGAGAUCAAGCUGGCCCCAGCUGGCACGAAGCAGCACCAGUGUGACGCGGCACUGCGGAAGGAGAUCGCCUCGGUGUGGGCCAAUCUGCCCCAGAAGACCUUGGACUUGCUGGUGCCGCCCCACAGACCCGACGAGAUGACCGUGGGGAAGGUGUACGCGGCCCUGAUGAUCUUCGACUUCUACAAGCAGAGCAAGAGCAGCAGGGACCAGACGCACCCCGCUCCCGGCCUGUCCCAGAUGGGCCCCGGGUCCCUGUUCCACCCCCUGAAGGCCACGCUGGAGCAGACGCAGCCGGCGGUGCUCCGAGGGGCCCGUGUGUUUCUUCAGCAGAAGAGCUCAGCCUCCCUCAGCAAUGGCGGGGCCGUACAAACCCAAGAGGGCGGCCUCAGGGAGUCUGUUUCCUGGGGCACCCAGAGGACCCAGGAGGUGCCACGUGAGGCCAGGGCCCCCCUGGAACGAGGCCACUCGACAGAGAUCCCAGUGGUGCAGCCGGGAAAGCUGGCUGUGGAUGCCCAGAUGCAGAGCAUGGCCCUGAGAGGCCCUGACGGGGAGCCCCAGCCCGGGCUGGAGAGCCAGGGUCGAGCAGCCUCCAUGCCUCGCCUGGCAGCGGAGACACAGCCAGCCUCCGACGCCAGCCCCAUGAAGCGCUCCAUCUCCACGCUGGCGCCCCAGCGCCCCCACGUGGCCCAUCUCUGCACGGCUGCCCUGGAGCGCGCCCCCGCCAGCCAGGCCGCCCCCCACCACCACCACCGCUGCCACCGGCGCAGGGACCGGAAGCAGAAGUCCCUGGAGAAGGGGCCCAGCCCGUCCGCAGACACCAAUGGCGCCCCCAGCGGCACGGCGGGGCCCGGCCCGCCCCCAGGAGAGGGGCCCCCAGGCCGGCGGGAGCGCAGGCAGGAGCGGGGCCGGUCCCAGGAGCGCAGGCAGCCCUCCUCCUCCUCCUCCGAGAAGCAGCGCUUCUACUCCUGUGACCGCUUCGGGGGCCGGGAGCCCCCGCUGGCCAGGCCCGCCCUCAGCAGCCACCCCACGUCGCCCACGGCCGGGCAGGAGCCAGGACCCCCGAGACAGGGCAGCGGUUCUGUGGACGGGAGCCCCCUGCUGUCCACAUCUGGUGCUAGCACCCCCGGGCGCGGUGGGCGGAGGCAGCUCCCCCAGACUCCGCUGACACCCCGGCCCAGCGUCACCUACAAGACGGCCCACUCCUCGCCCGUGCACUUCGCCGGGGCCCAGGGCGGCCCCCCCUUCUCCCCGGGCCGGCUCAGCCGCGGCCUUUCGGAACACAACGCCCUGCUCCAGAGAGACCCCCUGGGCCAGCCCCUGGCCCCCAGCUCGCGGAUCGGCUCCGACCCGUACCUGGGGCAGCGCCUGGAGGCCGAGGCCGCCCCCCCGCAGCCCGAGGACAUGCUCACCUUCGAGGAGGCCGUGGCCACCAACUCGGGCCGCUCCUCGCGGACCUCCUACGUGUCCUCCCUGACCUCCCAGUCGCACCCGCUGCGCCGCGUGCCCAACGGCUACCACUGCUCCCUGGGCCUCGGCACGGGCAGCCGCGCGCGCCACAGCUACCACCACCCGGACCAAGACCACUGGUGCUAG